UUUAGAAUUUUAUAUACUGUUUAAGCGUUCUGGCUGAAAAACGCCGGCCUCGACGUCUUCGGACGCUGGAAAGAUUCGCCGCAAAAAGGGACAAGCGCGUGCGGGACAUAGUGCGACCGCCGCUGUCUCGCUCACAGGUUCGCUGUCUGUGUCGAAAAAUAUUAACUACGACACACCUGCGGCAUACUACGGUAUGCUCGUAGUAUACGUCUGCUAGUAGUCUUCCCUGCGCUAAAUCUAAAAUGAUUACGGUGCAGAUCACGGCUGGUAACUAUAGGCACAGCCGUAGGGGGGAAGGCAGUCGAAAUUAAUAUUGCGUGGUGGACUCAACACUCUACGGGGGGGGGGGGGGGGGGGGGGGAGUGCAAUAUUAAUGAGGGAUCAGAAGAGUCAAUAAACCCCUGCCUCGAUCAAAAUUGAAAGAAACAGUCCAACAGAAACCAUCUCGGCAUGACUAGCAGACGUCAAUUAAUGCGAUUAGCAUCGAACAAUGUGGCGACCAUGCCUAUACUAAAUAUAACUAGUACAAGGAGGACAGCCAACUAUCAGAAACAAAGGAUUAGAAGGAUUAGGUUUAAACAAUAAGACCACCAGUUGUCAUUAGAAAAACUGUAGGCGUGAGUAGACUCUCAAAGAGAGUCUCGCAACAAACAAGCCCUCGAAGAAAAAAUGUAUGUUGUACGACUACAGCCAAAAAAAAAAAAAAAGUGGUCGCCGGAAAAAGAUUAUGAAAAAAAAAAAAAAAAACACGGAAAGAGAAAGAAAGCUACUGAAGGACUUGUCAUACCGUAUACAGACGUAAAAAGGCCAGUUGCAAGAAAAUACAUCCCUGGUUAUAGCGAAAAAGAUAAAGCUGUUAUACAGUCAGACACCCAAAAACAUUAAGUGAGUGCAAGCAGAAAUCGCAGGUUGUCAUGUAGGCAUCCACCGCGAAACCGUAACCAAAGCCUGUAUUACGCAAUUAAUUUACGCAUUUCUUCGAAAGAACAGUAACGAUGCCUAAACAGUUGGCUGUUGCGAAAUAUUUGCCUAGCUUUGAAUAUUCGAGCUUACCAGGCAGUUUACUUUAGAAUAAUAACUGAAUAUUACGCACUUACUAUUCGUAUUCGAAACUUGGAAUGUUCGCCCACCCUUAGUUCGCCCACAUCGCCAUCGAUGUUGUCGAUUCAAGCAUCGCGUUAAAUUCGCUAUACGAUCAAUGUCAAAUAUGUUCCCGUGUGGCCGAGGCACAACGACAUACCGCCUACUGGUGAUGGUGGUGCCCGCACACAGCACGCACGUGUGCACGCCGAGAGAUAGUUUAAGAUCCCCAGAUACGCUUUUUUUUCGGAGCACGGUCGCCCGCAAUGUCCAGCCAUCAAAGCUGUCCUAUAAGACGGAAGAUCCCAAAUAUAUAGCUGAAGCGUGUUCAGCCUGUUUUUCUUUCUCCACGUUGGAUUUGCGCUAAUCGACGAAAACGCUUGGGCAGUUGUAGCGCAAACGCUGCCACGGCGAUCGAACGAGUAAAGAAGUGGCCACUAAACCGUUUAGAAAAAGAAAUGCAUCCAUGGAACUGUGUGUGAGCGACAUGGAGGAAGGAAAAGGGUUAGAAGCGAGCGUCGUGUGACACUUUUGAAACAUAACCAUGAAAAACGUAAGGGAAAGGCUCGUGGGAAAAAAUGUGCCCGCACCACGUGAUAAGCAAGCGGUAAUUUCUAGCCGCCGAGCGCACGUGGAGUAUGGAGGAGACUUGGGCGAAGAGAGGGGCGUCGAGGACCGGUCAUAACGAAGGCGUCACCACGCGCUACCACGAACCAAGAAACGCCUUGAAAAUAAAUCCGGCAACACAGAGGGCCUACUUCCAAAGAAAAAAGCAGACUGGUCCCGCAGAGAAGGAGGGGCAGCAUAGAUCAGAGGGUCCUUUUUUCCUUUCUUCGUGGCGAGCGAGUUUCAACGCCGAGUUUGUGCCAGGCAGACCUGUGGCUCUGCCUCUGCAGGGCGGUCAUCUCGCUCAGCCGGCCAGUCUGUCGCCCAGCGCGCUCCUGAUGCCCGCGUACGUGGACGGGACGAGCGCGGCGCACAGGUUCGGCGCCCUGGGUUCGCAGGUGGCCACCCACCUGUUCCUGCUGCUGCACCAAAGUGUACGCCGCGCGGGCGGCCACGACCAGCUGAGUCGGAGGCUCGGCUGCUACGCGCCCACUCGCGACCACCGUGAGAGCGGAACCGAGGAGGCGGCACUCAGUCUCGCCUGGCAGGCGUACAGGUCGAGCGCGCCCGACGACACCCGUCUCGAGGGCCUGGAGCAGUUCUCGGGCGACCAGCUCUUCUUCGUCGCCUUCGCGUUCCUGCACUGCACUUCCUCCGAGGGGGUGCACGCCGAGUCGCAGCUCGUCAACUCCGCCGUGCGCAACGUGGACGGAUUCGCGAGCAGCUUCAACUGCGCCCACGGGGCCCCCAUGAACCCGGAGGCAAAGUGCAGCUACUUCUAAAGGGGCCGCGUCGGCGCGUCUACGCAUAUGCCUACGCGCCGAGGCCGCCUUCGUGCAGGGCAUUUUAUUUUAUUUUUUAAGUCUGUGACUAUACUUCCCCCACACAUACGGGUGUUCUCGCGUGUUAUCGAACGGUUCGGUUGACCCACGUACGAAGCGCGAAUAACGGAAGACACCUGCGGCGAAGUCGUGAAUCGG